AUGUCUUUCACAUACGACUAUAGGACGUUGAAUAACAAGUUCACAUGUCCGAUCAACCACGUUUCGAGGUACUGCUUACGGGUUGUUUGCUGCAGUUGCAAUCCAGGAACAGUAGUCCGCCCACUGGACACGAUCCUGUUUACAGGUUUUAGCAAUGAUGAAAGCAACAAGGCAUCUUCAGCUAUGCGCACGCUCAUGGGCCGCAUGUACAGCAGUCCCCAAUACCCUGCAUCUGACCCCAGCGUGGCGGUCGAUCCAGCGACGAAGAUUCUGCGUAUUGAGAAGAUGGCAAGGAUCAACGAUGAUGGAUAUUUUGAUUGGGAACUUGUGCCGGACCUUCCUGCUGUUUUGGCGAAGGAGAUGGAUACGUAUCAUCCGCAACUCCCGUUUAUGGUUGGGACGCCUUUUGUUGCUGUUAUCUAG